AUGGGGCAGAUAUCAAUUGUCGGAACAGCUGAUCUUGAUCCUCUAGACUUCCUCAACCGCACCCCAUUAUUCUACGCUGCUAUGUAUGGUCACAAAGACGCGGUCGAGGUUCUUCUAUCAAACUCAUCUCCAAGCAUCAGAGAUCAUUAUGGCGCGACACCUCUUUGCGUCGCAGUGAGAAAGGGUCACGUGGACGUGGUUAGACAAUUGGUCACUUUCUGUAAAGAAAAAAGCGACUUUGAAGACGGUUUGGGUCCAGAUUUGCUUUGGUGGGCGGCAGGGUCUGGGCAAGAUGGCAUGAUUGACAUUAUUCGUCAAUUCGCUCAAGAAAUCGGCAUCGAAGCCCCUGAGCCUAAUGUAUACAAGGAAUGCGUGGUAACUAAAUCGACUGACAACCACAUUGACCACCUUUUUGACAUCUGCGCUCGGUCUAUACCAAGUGAUUUCUCAUCCAUGAGGUGUGAAACAUGUGAAGGCUUCGAUGUUUGCCUUCAGUGUGUUGGGUUUAAGGUGGAGUGCUUGGAUUUUUCUCAUACGUGGAAGCUCCAGGAGCCAGAUGCGGGGGAUUCUGAUCGAGCUGAGGACAGUGAUGAUGAUAUAGAACUGAAUACUAAUUAG